CGAUCUCGUAAAAUCCUUUCCCAUACUUGUUUCAUAACUGGCUUGAUGAAUGUUUUCAAAAUGCAAACAACAACGCUGUAAUUUUGUACUCUCGUAAUGGAAAACUAAAGACAAAAAUUAAUUAUCUUUUCUGUUUGCUAAAUCCUUCAUAUUUUUCAGCUUAAACACCGGUUCAUUAGUCUCAAUGAUCUCAUCUGGACUCAGUGGUGCAGUAAGCACAAGAGUUUCAAAUGAGCUAGGAGCAGAUCAUCCUCAAGCUGCGCGUUUAGCAGUACAAGUUGUGUUUGUUUUGGCAGCCACACAGGGAAUUCUAAUAGGCACAAUCAUGAUUUUGGUACGCCAUAUUUGGGGAAGUGCUUAUAGCAAUGAGAAAGAGGUGGUGCACUAUGUAGCUGUCAUGAUGCCAAUACUUGCCAUCUCCAACUUCGUCAACGGACUUCAAUACGUUCUUUCAGGUAUGGCUAGAGGAUGUGGUUGGCAAAAGAUUGGAGCUUAUGUCAAUCUGGGAUCUUAUUACCUUGUCGGAAUUCCUUGUGCCGUUCUAUUAGCUUUUGUUCUACACGUGGGAGGAAUGGUUAGAACGUUCUUCUCUAUUAUACUUGGUCAAAUUAUGAAUAUCACUUCAAUACUGAUGCCAGUUGUGUGAGGCGUUAGGUGAAACGAGGCGCCUAGGCCGGCAUGCCUAGAAAAAAAUACUAAUGGCUCACAUUUUGGCGCCUUAAACGUUCUAUUAGCUAUGCUCCCCCCUGCGCGACUCGUGCGCCUAGCUCGGGUUUCACAACAUUGACUGAUGGUGAUGUUUUCUUGAUGUGGAAUUGCGCAAAUAGGGACUUUGGGUUAGGAUGGUAUGCGCACUUUUUGUUCAAGGCUUUUAGCUAAUUAAUAAUCAUCACCUAGUUUAGCACCCCUGUAAACUAAAUUCAAGUUUUGUUUUAUUGUUUUUUUCCCUGGUGGGGCCCAGUCACGUGGACCGGCCCUAUUUCCAGCCUAGCCCGCCAACCCAAAGGAAAGCGCUACUGUACGAAAGUACGCGACGUUAGAUUUUAAUUUUACUGUUGCCUGGUAUACUAUUGCCAGACUAAUUCGCAAACAGGGACUUUGUGUUGGGAUGGUAUGCGCACUUGGUGUUCAAGGUUUUUCGCUUCGUGUCAUCACUAUACGCAUAGACUGGGAGCAACAAAUAA